AUGACCACCACCGAAUCAAAGAUCAUCCCCCGAGCUACGCUGGAGCCCCAGUGGCAUGUUCCUGGGGCGAAAGAACCUGGCUACAUCCGCUACCUUAUUAACUGGGUGGGCGGCCCCGAGGGACAUAUCAAUCCGAAUAAAAGCGUCGCUGCUAUCAGCGAGCAAGCAGUUGUGGGCUUGAUGCAUCUACCUGUGGGGCAAAAACAAAAGGGCAUUCACUACCACUCCGUCGCAGAGAUAUAUAUCAUUCUAAGGGGUGAACUAGAAGGUUACGAUGGAAAUGGCCACAUCACUCGGGCCGGGCCGUUGGAUUGCAUGUAUAUCCCAGCUGGGGUCCCACACGGGGUUCGAAAUUGUGGUGUGGAGGACUGCGAUCUCAUAUGGGUUCAUGAUGGUGUCGAGAGAAUCGGAACCUCCGUUUAUUACUUCGAUGGCGAAACUCCGACCAUACCUCAGCUGGACGAAAUAUCUAUCAUUCCGUUUGCUCAACUUGAUCCGAACUACAUUUGCUACAAGGCAAAGGAACCUGACCUUCAGCGAUGGGUGGUGAAUUGGGUGGGAGGCCCCGGGGAAUACACAAACUUCAACCCUGAUACGGCUGUCACCAGUGAUAAAGUGGCUAUUGGAAUGACCAUUUUAUUGCCUGGCCAACAAUCUGUACUGCACUCUCAUACCACGCCUGAAACAUAUCUGGUUGUACGGGGAAGGGGAUUCUUGCAUUUGAAAGGAGAAACCCACGAGCUUUCGGAACUUGACGGUGCUUAUAUUGUACAGGGAGAGCUUCAUUACAUUCAGAAUCAUGGACAAGACCCACUGUAUAUUCUUUGGGUACACGAUCAACCCGAGUUGUCCGAAGCAACGAAGUACAUCCCAUAG